UCCCCCCAUCCUGCGCCUGCGCGGCCCCUCUGUCUCGUCACUUCCGGCUCGGGCCUCCCAGCUGGAAGCGGCUGCGGCGGUGGCGGUGUCUGAAACUGGGCGAGCAGUUGCCCUUCCAGAGCUUCUCAACAGCAGACUGAAGCCAAGAAGGAGACCAUUUGAGUUGAGUGAUUAGACCAGACACCCCCAGCUAUGACCAGUUCCCCUGUUUCUAGAGUUGUCUACAAUGGCAAAAGGAAUAGUAGUCCCCGGUCUCCAAGCAACAGCAGUGAGAUCUUCACCCCGGCCCAUGAGGAGAACGUUCGCUUCAUUUAUGAAGCAUGGCAGUGUGUGGAACGAGACCUCCGGAACCAGAUGUCUGGCAGCGAGCGUGGCCUGGUGGAGGAGUAUGUGGAAAAGGUCCCUAACCCCAGCCUGAAGACUUUCAAACCUUUUGACUUGAGUGACCUGAAACGCCGGAACACACAAGAUGCCAAGAAGUCCUAAGGACAGUGGCCUGGUUGCCCCCUUCCUCCCCAUGGCCUCUGGAAGAUUGAAAGUUGCAGAAUUUAUGUUGGUUUUUCUCCCUUUCCUCUGGGCCCAUCUCCCUGGCAGGGCAAGUAAAGAGCCAUGCUCAUGUUGGGCUGAGUACCUGCAAGGAUGGACUUGAUUGGCACUCAAGGCCCUCCCUCCCCUUUUCCUUCUUCCUUUUUCUUUAGGGAGGUUCCAAGUUGUUACUGUGAUUUGGGGGACUUGGUCCCUGUCACCACCCAUCCUCUCUUCCUGUACUCUUAAUCUAUAUGUCUCUGGAGCUGCCUAGCUCUGUCUGCCGUCCAGGCAGCUGAACAUGGCAGCCCUCUCAUCUCUCCCUAUACUUCUGAGAUAAGGUGGAAGGAGCAAGGGACAUAUGGGGGCAUCUGGGACGGGUGGGAGUUGGAUCGAAUUGGUUCUCUAAGGAGGUGAGGUUAAGUAGUGGUAACUCCAUCCCCACACAACCUGGUUCCACUAUAGACAUCUGCUACUGCCUCUGUCUUGGGCAAGCUGGGAAAUCUCCAUUCUUCCUUUCCCUGCUUUCCAAACCCUGUUGGCCCCAGCUCCCUCAUGCCUGGGUAGCCCUCUAGGACCCAUUCCCUACGGGUUACCAGGCAGCUGUGUCGAGUCUCUCCUAGACCAGCAGCCUCCUCCUCAGGAGCCCCAGUGGCUGGUAUUGUUCCCUGGUCUAUCCUAUUCCCAGCUGGUAGUUUUACUGAGAGGGUUACCAGUAGUUCCCUUUUUUCUUUCUGUUACAGUUCAAGAGCUGAGUUGUUUGCCAUUACUCUGUAGCCUGAGGAGCUGUAAAUAAAGAUGGGGUUAGGCAUUUGGAAUGUGCCUCUGGCUGAGUUUGUAGCCCCCUCUCUAGCCAAGCUAGUCAGGCCUGAUGUUGUUUGAGAUGCCCACUCAAUACUAGGACCUUGGGUAUCAGGCCCUUUUUCCUCUUAGGCCUUGGGUUGGGCAGCCAUCAUGAGGCCUCAGCAGGUGGUAGAAAGGAUCUUUUAAACUGUAUCUUAUUUCUCAAGAGUGCAUUGUCUUUUUUAGGACUUUGGAGUUGAAAAAAAUGAAAUUAGAGGUUAUUGGCAAGAUCAUGAGAAUCCAAAUGUUGUGAGAUGUCAGUGUCUAUGAUAUAUAUGCUCAAAGAAUCUAUGCUUCCCAGCAAAGGACUUA